GUCCUGCAGCCAACAGGCGUGGCCCCCUUCCUCCUUGGGUUCCUUUCUGGCCAAAAAACGCAGCUGGCAGUGCGCCGCAGUGGUCGGAAAUCCGGGUCCAAUGCAUGGGAAGCAUAUUGCCUUCAUUUGCGACUUUCAUCAUCUAUGGCCAACUUGUCCAAAUAACGCCAAAUAUCCAUGGAUGCAGUCGUAACUUGUCAUCUAUGUCCUUGUCCUCAUCGGAUCCUGGCACUGCGUGGAAACGCACAAAAAAUCAAUCGGGCUGUGGCACUCACCCACGAGGCACUUUCAGGGACGUCCCGGUCACACUGCCUGACCCUCCCGUCGCGGCGUCGCCUGCGCCUUCCACACAGCUGUCGUCCGAUCAAUUCUUUAUUUGCAUCUUGUUUAUUCUGCUCGCCUCAGGCAUAAUCAGAAACAACCGCAGCGCACAUUUACGACGGGAUCUAAUGCGAGACAAACCAACUGGCGAAACAAGCCAUUACCGCCAACCAGAGCCGUUGCGUGUCAAGCCACCGCCUCGUCCGCAUUUCCCCCCUUUUUCUUCCUCUACUACCUUAAUACGGAGUAUCCGUACAUCCUCUGUGUACAAUUGGACGAAUAGAUCAUAUCAUCCCCGGACAGAGAUGCAGCGCUGCGGAAAUAUUCGUAGUCGCCCCAGCUCCAACUCGACAAGCCUGGUCGGCCGAAUGACGAUCACCGCUGCCAUUGCAUGCGUAGUGUGUUGGUAGGAAUAAACCAGUCAACUGUCGCAUACUAUCCUGGUCAGAACCCUGUCCUUGAUACAACACAGCCAGCCUGUCGCCGUGUCAAUUGACGGCUUGAUUUUCCCUC